AUGGCCAGCCCAAGGACAAGGAAGGUGCUGAAGGAAAUCAGGGUGCAGGAUGGAAAUAAUGUCUGCUUUGAGUGUGGUGCCUUCAACCCGCAGUGGGUGAGUGUGACCUACGGAAUCUGGAUCUGUCUGGAGUGUUCUGGAAAGCACCGUGGCCUGGGUGUGCACCUCAGCUUUGUCCGCUCUGUGACCAUGGACAAGUGGAAGGACAUUGAGCUGGAGAAGAUGAAGGCUGGAGGGAAUGCUAAGUUCCGGGAGUUCCUGGAAUCCCAGGAGGACUAUGACCCUUGCUGGUCCCUACAGGAGAAGUACAAUAGCAAGGCUUCAGCCCUCUUCAGGGACAAGGUGGCUACUCUGGCUGAAGGCAAGGAAUGGUCCCUGGAGUCAUCACCUGCCCAGACCUGGACCCCACCGCAGCCCAAGACACCGCUGCCCACCACCCACAGAGCUGCUGGCCAACCCCAGGCUGGGACCGCCUCCUCGGACAAGGCUUUUGAGGACUGGCUGAACGAUGACUUGGGGUCCUACCAGGGAGUCCAGGAGAACCGCUAUGUGGGCUUCGGCAACACUGUGCCCCCGCCAAAGAAGGAUGACGAUUUUCUCAACACCGCCAUGUCCUCCCUGUACUCAGGCUGGAGCAGCUUUACGACUGGAGCGAGCAGGUUCGCCUCUGCAGCCAAGGAAGGCGCUACGAAGUUCGGAUCCCAAGCGAGUCAGAAGUUUUGGGGCUCCAAGCAGCAGCCCAAGCCGGCUUCUGAGCUCGGCCACAGCCUGAAUGAGAAUGUCCUCAAACCUGCCCAGGAGAAGGUAAAGGAGGGAAAGAUUCUGGAUGACGUGUCCAGCGGGGUCUCCCAGCUGGCAUCCAAGGUCCAGGGGGUGGGCAGUAAAGGAUGGCGAGACGUGACCACCUUCUUCUCUGGGAAAGCAGAGGAACCUUGUGACAGACCUCCAGAGGGCAGUGGCUACCAGAAUAGCAGUGGGGACCACGUCCAGGGCAGUGCCAUGGACCAGAGCUUCUGGGAGACCUUCGGCAGUGCCGAGGCCCCGCGGACCCGCCAGUCUCCAAGCAGCAGCAGUUGGACGUGUGCAGACAACUCAACUGAGCGCAGGAGCUCGGACAGCUGGGAUGUGUGGGGCUCGGCUGGCUCCAACCACAGGAACAGCAACAGCGAUGGCUGGGAGGCCUGGGAGGGUGGGCUUGAGGGUGUGGGUGGGGAGGGCCGGCCCAGGGCCACGGCCAAGGCCGCUCCACCCCCUGCGCCUGCUGAGGACGGCUGGGACAACCAGGAUUGGUAG